GUUGCAAUUGAGUAUUCGCGACGCGAGGUUAAAGUUACAAACGUCAACGCAAAAUGCACAAUUCCUGGAGCUGCUUGGUGGCGGCAUUACUUUGCGGCUGCAUCGUUUGGCAGGCUGGAUGCACGCAGGCGCUGCAGCAUGAUGGCGUGGUGGGCAUGUCCAAUAGCAUUGCAUCACCUGGACAGCCAUCGUAUUAUCUUAUGGCCGAUGCCGGUUCGACGGUGGGUCCCAAUGAUGAGCUCAAGCGCACAAAUCGUUCGCUCAUGAAGUGGUGGGAGGAUUUGUUUGGGCCAAACAAUUGCUGCAACAACAACAACAAUUUGCUCAACAACAAUAACAACAAUUUGCUUAACAACAACAACAAUUUGCUUAACAACUACAACAAUUGGCCUUACAACAAUAACCUGGCGCCAGCUUUUCCACCCAUCAACAACAAUAACUGCAAUGGAUUGCAACUGCAGACUUUGGAUCCCUUCAAGCAAAUGAAACUGUUCAAGAAGCUGCCCGAUCUGUGGGGCAAUAACUGUGCAGGCCCGUGCGCUGGCCAGUGCGGUGGUGGUGUUCAGCAGCUGCCGCAGCCGGGCAACGACUAUGCGGCACCACCAAAUCCAGGCUAUGGCGAUGACGGCUAUGCACCACCGGAGCCACAACCAGCCGUGCCAGCGGCUCCAGUCGACUACAAUCCGGCACCGGCGCCGCCUAGCAGCGGCUAUGAGACACCUGAUCCCAGCUACGACGGUCCCGGCGAUGGUGAUGCCGGCUAUGUGGCACCAGCUGCACCACCACCGCCAGCUGAAGACUAUGAGGCGCCAGCGCCUGCACCGCCUGCCGAAAGCUAUGAAACACCAGACCCGCCCGCACCCACCUAUGAUACUGUUCCGGCAUCCGCGCCCGAGAGCUACAGCAAAGUGGAGGAAUAUGCGCAGCCGGCCAAAAGCUAUGGUGGUGCACAGCCACCGCAAAUUGUCUAUCAGCCCAUCAUUUAUCUGUCAGCUGCGCCCGCCGUAAGGGAUGAGCUGGAGACCAAGCUGAAGCAGCAGGAACAAAGCUAUGAGACCCAGACUGAGGCACCAGCACCGCCACCAACGCCAGCACCGCCGACUUAUGAGCCACCAGCUCCGGCACCAGCACCAAUUGAACUGCCUACAUAUGCCGCGCCCCCAGCGACAGCCCCAGCUGCACCUUGUAAUGCGCCCGCUUGUGCGGGUUAUUUGCCCCUUUUGGGCGUGCCCUUCUACAGCUUUCCCACGGCUCAAGCACCAGCCCCGGCACCAGUCUAUGCAGCACCACCGGCUCCGCAACCAGCGCCGGUCUAUGCGGCACCACCAGCCCAGGCACCCCAGCCAGCGCCGUUCUAUGCAGCACCACAGGCACCGCAACCAGCGCCGGUCUAUGCAGCACCACCAGCCGCACCACCAGCGCCAACAUAUGCCUCAUCCUCUUGCCAGACACCCAUUAGAUUGUCUUUAAUCGAUCAACCCUAUCGCGUGGCCCCCGAACUCUUCCAGGAGUAUAACUAUCGCUUGGCCUUGGCCGAACUGAAUAGAUUAUAGUAGAUGGAAAUCCAAUGACCUUUAAGACUAAACUGUAAAUAAAAUCUAUCUAAUUUGG